ACCAACCCCACAAUCAGGCUCAAUAUGCGGCUUGGAGUGGGCCUCGCGUCUCUGAGAUGACGAGACGUGGCCGGACCGGAGCUGUGAGGACGGGAUACAGUACUAAAACCAGCCAGAAACACUUUCGCAAGCAUCGACUCCAUUGCUCUUUGUUCAACUCACCUGGGUUCUCUCCAAAACUACAGUCCUUCUGACCAUGUCUCCCGCCGCUGUUUCGAACGCGAUGCCCGUUCCCGCCCCCACCAACGGGAAGCAGACCUCGCUCAGAUCAUCUCUCCCAUCCGUCAUCGCGCCUUCGUCGAACGCCCCCAUCAAAUCCCAAGAUGAGAUCCCGGCCUGGGUAAACCCGGACCUUACACGAUUGAUGCGCGUCGAAAAGCGCCCCGGUAACUACGCAAGCGCCUCAUACUCGCUCGUCAACCUCCCCGCCGGCGCCAUCUUCGCACGUAUAACAACGCCCACACCGGCAAAGGUGGCAUACUCGUCUGUUCAGGCAGGCAAGAAUCUGCACAUCGAGCUGAACAGCGACCUCGUGUACAUCAACCACUCGUGCGCGCCCACACUGAUAUUCGACAUGGCGCGGUGGGAAGUUCGUGUCAACCCCGACCUUGAGCGUGGGCUCAAGGAGGGCGACGAGUUGACAUUCUUCUACCCGAGCACGGAGUGGAGUAUGGCACAGCCGUUCGAUUGUCUGUGCAAGAGCAGCGAGUGCAAGAAGGUGAUCAAGGGGGCAAAGGAUACCAGUCUGAGCGAUUUGGAUGAGUACUGGUUGAGUGACCACAUCAAGGAAUUGUUGCACGAAAGAGAUGCGAAGAGGGGCGGAAUAUAGGCCUAGAUUCUAUUAAAAGCAAGCGGUCAAAGCAAGUCAAAGCAAGAUCUUGAUGAGCAAGAGCAGCAGUGAUCUUGCAAUACUUUCGAACGUGGCUAACAAGAAUGUUUCUAGUCCAGUGCUGCUCAUGAAAGGCAUGGCUACAAAACAGUAUUGAAGCUGCGAGAUCCGAGUC